AUGGAUCAAAGGUUAUUAUUUGAAGCUGCAAGAACAGGGAUUACAGAAUACUUGCACAAUCUUUUGAAAGAUUACCUCUUUUUACCGGACACUGUUGCAUUAGCUGGUGGAGAAAAUCCUCUUCAUAUUGCUUCUAAUGCGAAUAUGGAUAUAGUAAUGCAGCUGCUAAAUUUAGAGCAUAAUAUUUGCCAGAUCAAAGGAAGAGAACAAAGGUUUCCUCUACGUUAUGCAGCUAUCAAGGGAAGAGUUCAAGUAAUUACAGAACUUACUACAGCUUCUCCUGAUUGCAUUACAUAUUUUACAGCUCGAAAUGAGACAGCAUACUUGGCAGUAACGAACCACCAAUUCAAGGCCUUUAAAGUUUUGGUGGAACACCUCAAGAAACUGAAAAAAGAGGACGUCUUAAACAAAAAAGAUGACCAGGGGAACAUGAUAUUGCACGUUGCAGUCUCAAGAAGACAAUAUGAGGUAGUUAAGUGGCUUCUUCGCGAGCAAAUUAUUCCUACGAAUGCAGUGAAGGUGAAUUCUUCGAAAACAAGAGGGAUCUAA